CGUCAGACGUCAAACUCUUUGACAGGUUGCGUGAGGGCGUCACGACGCUUGUGCUGAAUGGCCCCGCCCCGCUCUCCAGUCAACAACUGGAUCCCAGCGAGAUGUAUUUUCAUCGGUAGACUGUUCACGUCGCGUUGGUGAAAAAGGAGACCUAAAAACCGACCUAGAUAGGCAUGUCCUCAUCUUUAUCUACAUAAAACACAUACCGUCGACAGUAGGCGCCGAUGUGCGGCCACUGGACGCGAGAAAAGUAGCCACGGAGAGCAGAGAGAGCGUCCUUUAGUGGCCGCUUGUGAGAGCAGCUAACGCAGCUAACGUUGACUGUAUAUAACGCAGCCAGCUAGGGCUGCGGCUGACAGGCAGACCGCUGUCCGUAACUGUGCCAAGAAUUUCCCCGCUGGAGCAAUGGCGAGUCUCUGACGUUGAGAGGAAUAGAGGCCCAGUUGUUUAUCACACUGCUGAAGUCAGAAGCCUUAUCUGCCCAGGUGGGUCUCCGCUGUGGUGCCUUCGAGAAAAGUGAGGAGCCAGCAAUAACCAAGUGGCCGAUGCACUUAGUUCUGACCUGCCAGAGCUGCCAGUAUGAUGCCGGCAAUCAGAGUCAGAGCCAGUCGGGCAGAGAGACGGCCCUGGCACUCAACCCUCACGUGAAUUCAGCAGCCAAUGAGAUCUGGGCAGAUCUAGGUCUGCGUGGCUGUGUGGACUAAUGCUCUGUUGUUAUGGGGAACCUCUGAGCUGAGUAGAUUGUCAAGUGGCAUUAAUCUCACUCAGUGAAGCCGGGCAGAACCUGACCUACAAGAAAAAUGAUAUUGACAGUGUACCUCAGUGAUGGAGAACAAGCUGUGACCGAGGUGCCCAUCACUCCUGAGACCACCUGCCGAGAUGUGGUUGAGUUCUGCAAGGAGCCCGGAGAGAGUGGCUGCCACCUGGCUGAGGUCUGGAGAGGAAACGAGCGAGCCAUACCCUUCGAGCACAUGAUGUAUGAACACCUGCAGAAGUGGGGACCUCGGAAACAAGAGGUCAAGUUCUUCCUCCGACAUGAAGAUUCGCCGACUGAGAGCAGCGAUCAAGGGAGUCAGCAGUCUCAGGAUCAGACGAAUCGUAGGAGUGGAAACACAGGAGAGAAGCACAAUGAGAACGGGUUGGGGAGUCAGCGUGUGGAGCUCACACUGUCAGAGCUGCAGGAGAUGGCCACGAGGCAGCAGCAGCAAAUAGAGGCUCAGCAGCAGAUGCUGGUCGCGAAGGAGCAACGCUUGCGUUACCUGAAGCAGCAGGAGCGUCGACAGCAGCAAACGGUUUCAGAGAGUGAGAAGCUGCAGAAGUUAAAGGAACGUGUGGAGACGCAGGAGGCGAAGCUUAAGAAGAUUCGAGCGAUGAGAGGCCAGGUGGACUACAGCAAGGUCAUCAAUGGCAACCUGUCAGUGGAGAUCGAACAAGUCAGCAGCCUGUUUCAGGAGAAGCAGGCAGAGCUGCAGGCAGCUGUGCUGAGGGUGGAGCAGCUCAGUGUGCAGCUGGAGGACCUACGCAGAGGAAAGCUCAACGGCCUUCAGACCAACCUUGGUGGCCAAGUCACUGGUGCUGCAGCAUUGGAGCUCCGAAAGCUCUACCAGGAGCUUCAGAUUCGGAACAAAUUAAACCAGGAGCAAAACAGUAAGCUGCAGCAGCAGAAGGAGAUUCUCAACAAGCGUAACAUGGAAGUGACGCUGAUGGACAAGCGCAUCAGUGAGCUGCGGGAACGCCUCUACAAGAAAAAAGCUGAGGCACGUCAAAAAGAGAACCUCCCUCUGACCAGAGCCAACGGGCCUCCCAGUCCACAGCCGGCUUCAGGAACUCUGGGCCGUGUUGCUGCAGUGGGGCCGUACAUCCAGGUCCCUGUAUCAGGCAGACAGGAUGGAGGCUACAGCAUGCCGCCUGAUCCACUGAAGCCUCAGACUCUGGGUGUCAAUAAUCAAACCAACCAAGGCCGCACCAAGACAGCUAAUGAUACUGGCUGGCCCACUGUUGGAAAGACGAGCACAGGUCUUAAGCCUCCAGAGAGAAGAGACUCUGUGGCUGACACCCAGGGCAAAAGCCCCCCCUCAGGCUCCCCGGUCACUCCAAGUACAGAGAAGGUGCUCGAACCCAAACUGGCCGUCUCUUCCCCGGUCAUUCCCAAGCCUCAGCCCCCUCCUUACGGCUCCCACCUCACCUCCGCAAACUCACCCUGCUCCGUGGAGCGCAGAAAAGAUCCACCUCCUCGGCUGCUCCCGAACCCACCGCCUCCUGCUUGGCCCCGCUCCACACCUCCCACAGGCUCGUCCUCGCAGCAGAUCCAGCAACGUAUCUCGGUGCCCCCGAGCCCCACCUUACAGCCUAAUGCGCCGAUCUUCCCUCCCAGUCUUAGCGAGCGCCUGGAUCCACCCCCGGCUGUGGCAGUACGGCCUUUCAUCCCCGACAGAGGGUCACGGCCGCAGUCGCCACGCAAAGGUCCGCCUACUAUGAACUCCAGCUCCAUCUAUCACAUGUACCUCCAGCAGGGGGCGCCAAAGAUCCAGCAAUUUAAGCCUGCUCCUAAAGCUGUAUACGGGAAACCUGUUCUCCACUCCAGCUCGACCCCACCCUCCCCACUGCCCUUUGUACAGGCAGGAGGAGCCUUCCCAUUGUUCCAAGGCCAUCCUGGUGGUGAUGACACUCUGGAUGGAGAAUUUGAUGAUCAUGAGCAACAGGAGCCCUUGGCGCCUCCUCCCAGUGUGGAGAACAUCCCGAGGCCACUCAGCCCCACAAAGUUGACGCCCAUGGUCCACUCCCCACUGCGCUACCAAAGUGAUGCUGACCUCGAGGGGCUCCGAAAAAAGCUGGCCAACGCCCCACGUCCACUGAAGAAGCGCAGUUCCAUCACAGAACCCGAGGGUCCCAGUGGACCCAACAUCCAGAAACUGCUCUACCAGAGGUUCAACACUCUGGCAGGGGGCAUCGAGGGGAACGGAGUCAGUGGAUCGGGAGGCAACGGGGCUGGAAGUGGAACUCCGUUUUUCCAGCCAGCUAAUCCUCCUGGAUAUCUCGGAGGUGACUCCGUGGGCGACACAGACAACGGCAACCUCUCCUCUGACAUGCUGCCGCCGCCACCGCCACCACCAGCUACAGAAGAGCUGGGCUCCGAGGCUCUGCCUUUAUCUACUGAUGAUAAUGACAACGAGCCUUUGCCACCGCCACCGGAGGGGCUGGACGAUGCUGCUGAAGAAGAGGAGCUGGAACAUGAUAGUAACAACAAUGUGGAAACGUCUGAGGCUUUGCUGCCAAGUCCUGUGCCAGAGGUCAGCAGUCCAGAGGAGAGCGGACUGUCAGCAGUGUCACAGCCUUUGGAGAAACGCACCAACCUGAAGAAACCAGAGUCUGAGCGCACGGGUCACGGCUUCAGGGUCAAGUUCAACCCACUGGCCCUGCUGCUGGAUUCCUCUUUGGAGGGAGAGUUUGAUCUUGUCCAGAGAAUCAUCUAUGAAGUGGAUAAUCCAAGCACCCCCAACGAUGAAGGCAUCACACCACUCCACAACGCAGUGUGUGCCGGACAUCACCACAUCGUCAAAAUCCUGCUGGACUUUGGUGUGAACGUGAACGCUGCAGACAGUGACGGAUGGACGCCUCUUCACUGCGCCGCCUCCUGUAACAGCGUUCAUCUCUGCAAGUUGUUGGUGGAGUCGGGCGCAGCCAUCUUUGCCAGUACCAUUAGUGACGUGGAGACGGCAGCAGACAAGUGUGAAGAAAUGGAAGAAGGCUACAUCCAGUGCUCCCAGUUUCUGUAUGGUGUUCAGGAGAAGUUGGGUGUUAUGAACAAGGGGACAGUGUACGCUCUGUGGAAUUAUGAAGCUCAGAACCAGGACGAGUUGUCGUUCGGUGAGGGUGACCCCAUCACCAUUCUGCGACGACAGGACGACAGCGAGACCGAUUGGUGGUGGGCAAAACUGGAAGACAAAGAGGGCUACGUGCCCCGCAACCUGCUGGGGCUCUAUCCAAGAAUCAAGCCCCGCCAACGCUCGUUGGCGUAGGCGCUCACUCUGCCAACCUGUGGCGAAUAACUGGAGCCGUGAGUGAAACCCAAGUGCAGAGACCAGAGGAGCGGACCUGCUCCCUGCAGCCACUCACUUCUUUCUACAACCUUUUCUCUGAAGCCAUGGUCCUGAACCUGGACUCAUUAGAUACACUACAGAAGACUAGCACUCCACACCGACACACACCUCAGUUUCCCACUUAGUUCAACCCUGACUCAUCGACGGCUCUGCAUCGGACAUCAACGCGAAGAACUUCAGUUCUAACAUUCGUCUCAGUAUUUCUUUAAGUAUUCACGCUUCCUUAGUCGUAUUCUUCUCGAUAAUUAAUAAUUCCUGUGGUUACACCGUUCUACGCACUUCACUAUAUGGUGACUAUACAAGCACCAAGAAUGGGAAUAACAGCAAGGUAAAGAAAAAACGGAUUAUAGUUUAAGUCUAUUAUAAACCAAUCUGGUCACAAAAAAACACUACCAGAAUAUUUUUGUUUAACUUUCUGUUUGGAUUUAACUGUAGAAUAACUACCAAAGAAAAACACGGUGAAGUCGCUGUGUGUUAUUUACUCCGUCAGCCUGUCACUGUGGGCGACACAAGAGUGAACGGGCGCUGUUCUCAAGUCGCCCGUGUGAGCCCCACACACUAACGCGGUGUGAGAUAAUCAGUUGUGAUCAACGGCUCCUAUAUUGUCACGGAGCAGAAAAUUGAUUUAUAUGAACAGAGAAAAAGUAAAUCAGUAUUAACUUCUCCACAGAGCCAGUGUAUCAAAGCAAAGAUGGAUUUACAGCUGUUCAAAAACUUCAUUACCAGUUCAGUUUCUGUUCUGUUCAGUUUACAGAUCUGCGCCAAUAACAGGAAUACGUUUAAAUCAAACUCUUGGUCAGUUUUUCCUCCAGAUAUAUAUUUCAUUAAACAGUUUGAAUCUGGGGUCUAAAUAUUGACAUGGACUUUAUAUAUUUUUCAUAAUCUGAGCCAAAAAAAAAAAUUAGUAGGCGAUACGAUUGAUUUGCUUAACCAAAAGAUGUUGCCAAAUAUAUUGAUAAUCUGUGUACAUAAAGUCUCUAAAAUCUAUGUCUAAAAACUUCAGAUAAUUAUCUUAAACGCUCUGCAUAGAGUGAUAUUAAAUGAAUUUAGGUCAUUUUACUAAAUGACAGUAAUUAAACAGGUUCAUGAAAAUGUCAGUUUUCAAAAUCAUUAGUUAGAGUUUUGUUUUACUAACAAUGAUUCUGAAUAUGUUCAGUUCAGUUCAAUUUUUGAUUGUUCCACACGUCCAUUCCCAAGCUCCAGUGCACAUCCCAUAAAUUUGUUCUUCAAACUUCUGGCAACCUGUUUCAACACUUGUUGUAAAACUGAUCCUCAAAAACUUUUUGUUCUUUAAAUAAACAUUUUUAGAUCGAGCAUCUCAAACUCCAUAAUCAUCUGUAAGGUUUUCACCCAUCGGACAAAAAUAAAUAACCUCAUAUUCUUCUUCUGCUGCUGCCAAGUAACUCUCUGGUCACAUGCUGCGGUUCUUCUUCUUCUAUAGUGGUGAUGAAGCCCACUUGAAACACUUGACCUCAGGACCUCCAUGGUGCUGCUGACACUGUUUCUCCAUUUAAACCGUGAUCCUGUUUUUGUUCUUAUUCUCCGCCAGCAUCACCUUCAUGAGGGCAGCAAAACAAACUAAAGCGCAGUCCACAAUUUCAAAAUAAAUAAAAAAUGUAAACAGUAAGCUAUGGAACAAUCUGUUCAGGUGAAUUGUCAGCACAUUGUUCUGAAAUUGGCCUCAUUCACAUUGACAGCUGUGCCAAAUGUUCAGGUGUGCACAGUUCCAGCAACACCACACAUAUUUUUGUCACAUUGUUAAUGAUUAUUUAGAGUCCAUCGGAUUGUUCUUAACCUUUGGGUGAAUGAGUGUUUUUUGCCAAGUGUGUUAGUGAACCAGGUUUCACUGAGGAUUAUACCUGUACAAAGUGUGAGGAGAUGUUAUUUGUCUGUUUCCUGUUUGGACAAAGUGGGCUUUCUGUAUGGACACUGUAUUCACACAUUCAGUUCUGUAAAUGUGAACAAUAAAAACAGAAGCUCUGGCAUGUUCAA